GAGACUUUCUGAGUUGCUUCGCCGCCUUCAAACAAGCCACCUGACACCUGUGCAACUUGUACAAUAGACCGUGUGUUAGUCUUCUUGGGUCAUUAUAAUGUAUUUUUGAGCGCUUCAUUCCACUCGAUAGCCUCUAUCACCCACUUUGUCACCUCCAUACCUCAUCUCCAACCUACAUGAACCAACUCGGCCGGUCCGAUUCACCCCCCAAUGUCCUUCCAAGUCCCGCAGAAUGUCCCUUCAUUCACCAGCUCUCAACGCACGCAUGAAGACACUUACUGGCGGCAGAAGCACAGUGGUAAUGGACAUGCAAAAGGAGGACCUGCCGGUGCAAUCACAUCCAAGAUCAACGUCAUCUUUGGCGAAGACAAGGACCUGCCCAUGUACAAGGACAAACCACACUUUCCCUCGAGUCGGCGGAGAGGCCGAGGUUUCUUGCGGCGGAAAAGAGUGCUGGCCUUGAUCGGUUCCGCAUCACUACUAUUUCUCUGGUGGACGGGAUGGUUACCUUGGAGCUCCCGCCAGUUCUACGACCCAGCUGCCCACCAACAUUCUUUCUUCCACGCCGAAGACUGGUCGGAGCAGAGAGAGGCUGUGAAGGAGGUAUUCAAGACAUCUUGGGAAGGCUACGAGAAAUAUGCUUGGGGAAUGGAUGAAUACCAACCCCUCUCGAGGAAGGGAAAGAACAUGGUUGAAGGUGGCAUGGGUUGGAUCAUUGUGGACGCUUUGGAUACUGCCAUGAUGAUGAACUUGACCUCGCAUGUCGCCAAAGCAAGAGAAUGGAUAUCUACCUCGCUUUCUUACACCGCCCAUCACGAAGUCAAUACCUUUGAGACGACUAUUCGCAUGCUGGGCGGAUUGUUAUCAGCAUACUACCUGUCAACAGCCUUCCCACAUCUCGCACCGCAGCGGGACGACGAUGUGAACCAACCUGGAGAAGACCUAUACAUCGAGAAAGCGACAGAUCUUGCAGACCGUCUCCUCGGCGCCUACGACUCACCUUCGGGGAUCCCAUAUGCGUCGGUGAACUUGAACACCGCCCAAGGAGUUGGUUCACAUGUCGAUGGAGGUGCUUCCUCUACCGCUGAAGCGGCCACUCUGCAACUUGAGAUGAAAUAUCUCGCCAAGAUCACAGGCGAGCCAAUCUACUGGACGAAGGCCGAGCACGUCAUUGAGGUCAUCGAAUCCCAGAAACGCGAAGAUGGCCUCUUGCCAAUCUACAUAUACCCCGCCACGGGAGAAUUUCGAGGCGAAAAUAUACGGCUGGGAUCUCGAGGCGACAGCUAUUACGAAUAUCUGAUCAAACAGUACUUACAAACAAGCAGCGUGGAGGCGGUGUACUUGGAUAUGUGGGAAGAGGCACUCGAGGGGAUCAAAAAACACUUGAUCACUUAUUCUGAACACGCAUCAUUAACCAUUCUCGCCGAAAGACAAAAUGGACUCAGCGCCCCUCUGACUGCCAAGAUGGAUCAUCUAGCGUGUUUCAUGCCCGGGACAAUAGCCCUCGCGGUCACCGAAGGACAGACAGUUGAGCAGGCGAAAGCCAGACUCGGGAGCAAGUGGACAAAGCGACAUGACGAGAACCUCAAACUCGCUGAGGAGUUGAUGAAGACGUGCUGGGGCAUGUACAAAGUUACACCGACUGGGCUCGCGCCCGAGAUAUGCUAUUUCCAUACUGACAAUCCUGCUCCACAAUGGCGGGGACAUGUUGACCCUGCUUGGACACCACCACACGCCGCCGAGCUCUCCGACGAUAUCGAUGCGGACUGGCGCUCUGAUUAUGACAUCCAUUCAAAUGAUGUGCACAAUCUCCAGCGACCGGAAACUAUCGAAUCCCUCUUCUACAUGUACCGCAUCACCAAGGAUAGGAAGUACCGACAAUGGGGUUGGGAAAUGUUCGAAGCCUUCCGCGAGCACACCAAGGUUGUCGACGAACUGACAGGCAAAGUGUACGCGUACACCUCCCUGGACACCGUAAUGGAGAACCCCGUCCGAGAGAGGAAACGGCGCGAUAAUAUGGAAAGUUUCUGGUUGGCCGAGACGCUCAAGUAUUUCUAUCUGCUCUUUUCAGAUGACGACUUCUUCCCUCUUGACAGCGUUGUUUUCAAUACGGAGGCUCAUCCACUGCCAAAGUUCGACAUAUCAGGAAGCAAAGUGUUUACAACAGGCUGGCGCCGGAGCAAGGGGAUGGCCUCUCAGCAGAAACAUGAGGGCAGCAUGGUCGAGGAUGACUAUGCUCAGCUCAAGAGUGUUCGUGUCGGGGGUGGCGUACGUGUCGACGAGAAUGGAAAAAGCAUCCCAUCCGACACGGAGACUGGAGAGAAACAGAUCCCUGCUGUUGGAGAAAAUGAGCAUGACUCUGCUGAAGACCAAGCAGCCCCAGAACUUUCAGAUGGCACGAACUUCGAACACCAAUCCCCUGGACAAAGUGAGGGUAUCGGCAAAGAGGAAAGCGAUUAAGGUGGACUGUGAGAGGAAUCAAUCAUCGUGCCUUGAUGUGGAAGCUCGUUUGCAUCAUUGGUGUGGUUGGAUAGGGUCGGUCUGGCGAUUGUCAUUGGUCGCUUCGCAUAUUGAUUUUCGGGGGCGCUGUACCAAAAUCUGGUUGUGGUUGCAUGAAAACAAGGCUGUGCGUGCAGUGGUGGUCUUCACGGUAGGGUCUCAAUGGACAGGAGCAUUUUGGAGGUGGGGUUUUGGAAAAAGCAACCAUAGAAUAGAAGGCGUUUGGAAUAACCGAAUGAUCAAUUUUUCGGCUUUGUGAUGUUGGAAUCGCAAUCCCUCACG